AUGCUGCCACACUCCACUAUUUCCAGAGCUGCUAGGGAUGCGAGCUCAGACUCUCAUGUUCGCAUUGUAGAGAGACGUUUGGAGCAGAACUCCAUCAAAGUCAUCCCUCCAGGAGCUUUUUCACCCUAUAAAAAGCUCAGAAGAAUCGACCUGAGCAAUAAUCAGAUCUCUGAGCUGGCACCGGAUGCUUUCCAAGGAUUGCGCUCUCUGAAUUCUCUUGUCCUGUAUGGAAAUAAAAUCACAGAACUCCCAAAAAGUUUAUUCGAAGGAUUGUUUUCCUUACAGCUACUAUUAUUGAAUGCCAACAAGAUAAACUGCCUUCGGGUAGAUGCUUUUCAGGACCUGCACAACUUGAACCUUCUGUCUUUAUAUGACAAUAAGCUCCAGACCGUUGCCAAGGGCACCUUCUCAGCUCUCAGAGCCAUCCAAACUAUGCAUUUGGCCCAGAACCCUUUCAUUUGUGACUGCCAUCUCAAGUGGCUAGCGGAUUAUCUCCACACCAACCCAAUUGAGACCAGCGGGGCCCGUUGCACCAGCCCCCGCCGCCUGGCGAACAAAAGAAUUGGACAGAUCAAAAGCAAGAAAUUCCGUUGUUCAGCAAAAGAACAGUAUUUCAUUCCAGGUACAGAAGAUUAUCGAUCAAAAUUAAGUGGAGACUGCUUUGCAGACUUGGCUUGUCCUGAAAAGUGCCGCUGUGAAGGGACCACAGUAGACUGCUCCAAUCAAAAACUCAACAAAAUCCCAGAUCAUAUUCCCCAGUACACAGCAGAGCUGCGUCUUAAUAACAAUGAAUUCACAGUGUUAGAAGCCACCGGAAUAUUUAAGAAACUUCCUCAGUUACGUAAAAUCAACUUUAGCAACAAUAAGAUCACCGAUAUCGAGGAGGGAGCAUUUGAAGGUGCAUCUGGCGUGAAUGAGAUUCUUUUCACCAGCAACCGUUUGGAAAAUGUUCAGCAUAAGAUGUUCAAAGGAUUGGAAAGCCUCAAAACACUGAUGCUAAGAAGUAAUCGAAUAAGCUGCGUUGGGAACGACAGUUUCAUAGGCCUUGGUUCUGUGCGUCUGCUUUCUUUAUAUGACAAUCAAAUUACUACAGUUGCACCAGGGGCAUUUGAUACUCUCCAUUCCUUAUCUACCCUAAACCUUCUGGCCAAUCCUUUCAACUGUAACUGUCACCUGGCGUGGCUGGGAGAAUGGCUCAGAAAGAAAAGAAUUGUAACAGGAAAUCCUCGAUGCCAAAAGCCCUACUUCCUCAAAGAAAUCCCAAUCCAGGAUGUAGCCAUUCAGGACUUCACCUGUGACGAUGGCAAUGAUGACAAUAGUUGUUCCCCACUCUCUCGUUGUCCUUCGGAAUGUACUUGCUUGGAUACAGUAGUACGAUGUAGCAACAAAGGCUUGAAGGUCUUGCCUAAAGGUAUUCCAAGAGAUGUCACAGAGCUGUAUCUGGAUGGGAACCAGUUUACACUGGUCCCCAAGGAACUCUCCAACUACAAACAUUUAACACUUAUAGACUUAAGUAACAACCGAAUAAGCACCCUUUCCAAUCAAAGCUUCAGCAACAUGACUCAGCUUCUCACCUUAAUCCUCAGUUACAACCGUCUGAGAUGUAUCCCUCCACGGACCUUUGAUGGACUGAAGUCUCUUCGGUUACUGUCUCUACAUGGAAAUGAUAUUUCAGUUGUGCCUGAAGGUGCCUUCAGCGACCUUUCAGCCUUAUCACACUUAGCAAUUGGAGCCAACCCUCUUUACUGUGAUUGUAACAUGCAGUGGUUAUCCGACUGGGUGAAGUCGGAAUAUAAGGAACCUGGAAUUGCCCGCUGUGCUGGUCCUGGAGAAAUGGCAGAUAAAUUGUUACUCACAACUCCUUCCAAAAAAUUUACAUGUCAAGGUCCUGUGGAUGUUACUAUUCAAGCCAAGUGUAAUCCUUGUUUAUCAAAUCCAUGUAAAAAUGAUGGUACCUGUAACAAUGACCCAGUUGAUUUCUAUCGAUGCACCUGUCCAUAUGGUUUCAAGGGGCAGGACUGUGAUGUUCCCAUCCAUGCCUGUAUCAGUAACCCAUGUAAACAUGGAGGAACUUGCCACUUAAAAGAAGGAGAGAAUGAUGGAUUCUGGUGUGCUUGUGCUGACGGGUUUGAAGGAGAAAACUGUGAAGUAAAUAUUGAUGAUUGUGAAGAUAAUGAUUGUGAAAAUAAUUCUACAUGUGUUGAUGGAAUUAACAACUACACAUGCCUUUGCCCACCAGAAUACACAGGUGAACUGUGUGAGGAAAAGCUGGACUUCUGUGCCCAGGAGCUGAAUCCCUGCCAGCAUGACUCCAAGUGCAUCCUCACACCAAAGGGAUUCAAGUGUGACUGCACUCCAGGAUAUAUCGGGGAGCAUUGUGACGUUGACUUUGACGACUGCCACGGCAACAAGUGCAAAAACGGUGCUCACUGCACAGAUGCAGUGAAUGGGUACACGUGCGUCUGUCCUGAAGGCUACAGUGGCUUGUUCUGUGAGUUUUCUCCACCCAUGGUCCUCCCUCGCACCAGCCCCUGUGAUAAUUUUGAUUGUCAGAACGGAGCCCAGUGCAUCAUCAGGAUCAGUGAACCAAUAUGCCAAUGUUUGCCCGGAUACCUGGGAGAGAAGUGUGAAAAAUUGGUCAGUGUGAAUUUUGUAAACAAAGAGUCCUAUCUUCAGAUUCCUUCAGCCAAGGUUCGGCCUCAGACAAACAUCACACUUCAGAUUGCCACAGAUGAAGACAGCGGCAUCCUCCUGUAUAAAGGUGACAAGGACCACAUUGCCGUGGAACUCUAUCGGGGGCGCGUCCGAGCCAGCUAUGACACCGGCUCUCACCCGGCUUCUGCCAUUUACAGUGUGGAGACAAUCAAUGAUGGAAACUUCCACAUCGUGGAGUUACUGACUCUGGAUUCCAGUCUCUCCCUUUCUGUGGAUGGAGGAAGCCCUAAAAUCAUCACCAACUUGUCAAAACAAUCUACCCUCAAUUUUGACUCCCCACUCUAUGUAGGAGGCAUGCCCGGGAAGAGUAACGUGGCAUCGCUGCGCCAGGCCCCUGGUCAGAACGGCACCAGCUUCCAUGGCUGUAUCCGGAACCUUUACAUCAAUAGUGAGCUGCAGGACUUCCGUAAAGUGCCCAUGCAAACUGGAAUUCUCCCUGGCUGUGAACCAUGCCACAAGAAAGUGUGUGCCCACGGCACGUGUCAGCCCAGCAGCCAAUCAGGCUUCACCUGUGAAUGUGAGGAAGGAUGGAUGGGCCCUCUCUGUGACCAACGAACCAAUGACCCCUGCCUUGGAAACAAAUGUGUACAUGGCACAUGCUUGCCCAUCAAUGCCUUCUCCUACAGCUGUAAGUGCCUGGAGGGCCAUGGCGGUGUCCUCUGCGAUGAAGAAGAAGAUCUGUUUAACCCCUGUCAGAUGAUCAAAUGCAAGCAUGGAAGGUGCAGGCUCUCUGGACUGGGGCAGCCCUACUGUGAGUGCAGCACUGGCUACACUGGGGACAGCUGCGACAGAGAAAUUUCUUGUCGAGGGGAACGAAUAAGGGAUUAUUACCAGAAGCAGCAGGGUUACGCUGCCUGUCAAACAACAAAGAAAGUGUCUCGCUUGGAGUGUAGAGGCGGGUGUGCUGGUGGGCAGUGCUGUGGACCUCUGAGGAGCAAGAGGCGGAAAUACUCUUUCGAGUGCACAGAUGGCUCCUCGUUCGUGGAUGAGGUUGAGAAGGUGGUGAAGUGCGGCUGCACAAGAUGUGCCUCCUAAACACACCUCCAGAAGCUUCCAUCUUCAGCGCAGGCUGUCCGCUUCUUGACCACAUUGGACUAGUUCAUGCUUCAUAAUGGAAAUAUUUGAAAUAUAUUGUAAAAUACAGAACAGACUUAUUUUUAUUAUGAUAAUAAAAGACUUGUCUGCAUUUGGAAAAAAAUAGUAAUAAAAGACACGCUUGUACUAAAGCUUCCCCUACACUGGAGAAGUGUGGAGAAAAGCCACACUCGGAGGCAUUCGUGCAGCGGUGGCAACCAUUGCAACAUGGAGCCAUGUUUGGAACAUGCUGUUACUAGCAGAAGCACAUAUACAAGAGCCUGACAUGGGACUGUACACUCAUGUGAUUGCCCAUAGCAUAAAACCCCUUUCACAUCAGUGCAGGUCUCAAGGACAGAGAGAGCACAAGUAUGUGAAUGAGACCAUGAGGCAAGUGAACGGAAAUCCAGAAUCUGUAGAUAGAUACAAGGGAUAAGAAAUAUUUUGUGCAAGAUAUAAAGUGUCCUGAUAUCUGGGUUUCAUUCAGAGAGAAAUGGGUGUGGAGUGCUGCGAUAUAUUUUAUUGUCGCUGGCAAUGACAGCACACCAGCAGAGACAGCACACGAAGGUGUUUAUCUACCACUUUCCAGUAUUAAACUUUUGUAAUAUAAAUGAUAAAGGAGAUGAUAAAGAACCGAUAGAUUAUUGAUAAAUAAAAAAUUAGUAAUAAUAUGAAUUUUUGUUUCUAUGAGUUCUAAAUAGCCCUAUACAGUAUUCAUUUUCAAUGAGGAAUAUUUAUUGUAUUAAAGUACAUUGUACUUAACGAUUUAGGUCAUCACUUUGGACUGUUUCUUGAUGCUUUAAUAUAUAUUAAUUUAUAAUUGUCCUGAUAUUUUUGUACAUUUUCAAACUUUAAAAAAAAAUCAGGAUUUUUUUGGGCCAUAGUACUAACAUAGGAUGUUAUUUUGUUAUCUUGGGAUAGGUAUAUGUUCUGUUGGCUGACGUCGACAUCUGACCACUGAUAUCACUGUACUGUGGCCUCCUUCAGGACACUUGCAGAGGGUUUGCAAACUCUGAGAGUAGAAACAGCAGUGCACUCGCCUGCCACAUGUCCUCACAGGAAGAAGGGAUUAUCUGUAGCAAUGGACAGUAAGAAGUAGACAUUUUACAAAUUAAUUAAUAAACAUUUCCCUGCCAUGCUUUGGGGAAGGGUGGGAGAAGAAAGACUGUUAUGUCAAAACUGUGAUUUUUCUCCAGACAAUAAAACUCCUUUAUUACCUUACUGCUCCCAUGUUAAUAUGUUUGCUGCUCAAUAACAUUGUAGAGUUGAUAAUGAUUGAUAGUGGACUGUGUUCUUUCUUCAUUAAAAUCCCGGGGUCCCCUGUGAAGAUACAGAUGAUUCUUCAAAAGAAAAAACACUUUUUAACAAUGAAAAUUAGAUGUACAUGUUAUGCUUUGUCUUCUGCAGACUAAUAUCAGUUAUGCUACUGAUGUUUGUAAAUUAAAAGAUAUCUACUU